AUGGACUUCAAGGGAUUCGACAAUUCGUUUGGAAACGAGGCUACAAGAGUGGUGGCGCGCGCCAUGGAGACCGAGAAGAACGAGCCGGCGAGGCCGCUCGCUCUGCCGUCGCCGUCCGUCCACCCGGAGGCCGGCGACGUGGAGGAGGCGGCGGCGGCCGGCGCGGGCACCGACAAGCGCGAGCGCUCCCCGCAGUACCUCCGCAGGCGGCGGUGCGUGAUCUGGUGCGGCGGCUGCUGCGUCGCCUCCGCAGUCGCCGUCGGCGUCGUCAUCCUCGCGCUCGCGCUCACCGUGUUCAGGGUGAAGGACCCCGUGCUGACCAUGAACCGCGUCACGCUGGAGGACCUCGACACCGACUUCCUGGGCACGGCGGCGAGGCACCCGCUGUCCGUCAACGCCACGCUCAACGCCGACAUCUCCAUCAAGAACCCGAACGUGGCGUCGUUCCGGUUCGGCCGCAGCGAGACGGACUUCUACUACGCCGGGGAGACCGUCGGCGUGGCGUACGCCCCCGACGGCGAGGUCGGCGCCGACCGCACCGUGCGGAUGAACGUCACGCUCGACGUGCUCGCCGACCGCGUCUCCCGCAACGUCAACGCCACCGACCUCAUCCUCGGCCAGGACUACAACCUCACCAGCUACACGGAGAUCAGCGGGAGGGUGGACGUGCUGGGGAUCUACAAGAGGGAUCUGGACAUCAAGAUGAACUGCUCCAUCACGCUGGAGGUGGGCGCCUUCUCCACCGCGCAGAGCAAGAGCACGGACUGCGUCGCUAGCGUCAGCUGAUCACCACUCGCCAUGGGUCCGGCCCGGCCCGUCGAUCGUGUUAGGCUCAUGCUGUCCUGGAUGGUAUUUUUGUGUCAAUUUUUGGUUUUUCACUUUUUCUUGCGUCGUCGUAUCUUGGGUUCUAGCAUGAUGCUUUAAUUACCAUUUUUAUGUAUACCUGGGAUAUUCUGAACGAACUCCAAAUCAUGAGUUACAAGGACAAAACCGAACAGUCGAUUAAUUAUCUUUUUUUUUCAUUUUUCAUGGAACG